UUUUGGAAAUAAAUGUCUAACCCCUUCACACAUGUGCUUCUAACCUGCACAGACUCCGUGAAUUGAUGCCCAUCUCCUAAAUAUUUGGUCACAUGAUCAAUUUCUUUUACCUUUUCCAAGCAACAGGGGGUGGUUCAACUUACCCUUUGGCUCAACUUACCCCACUCUGUCCUACUGGCUUUUGCUACAUUUUGUCAGUAUUUGCAACUUAUUUCCCUUAUGUUCUUGCAAAUACUAUAUGAAAUGUAAUCCUCUAAGUGUUUGGUUUGUAAAUGAGCGCAAUCUCCUUGAGCACUUGCAGACUUGAGUGGUAGCCUGUGCCCUGUGUACUGACAGUUCUAGCUGUAACCUGAACUCAAAAAAACAUCUCCAAACAAGUUUCUUUUUUUCUUGGUAAAAAUUGGCUAAUAUUUAUACACCUGAUAAAAUCCCAGAGUUUAAUACAUAGCUGCCAAUUGUGGUGCAGCAUGCUAUUAGACAGUCCGCGAAAUGUUUUAGUAGACUAUGACAGCUGAAGUUGUAGCACUUUAUUUUGAAAAUUUUAACCGGAAGUGUGCUAAAGUUGUGCCACAGGUACCUAACUAGGCAGUUAGCUGGAGCUACUAGAUUAGCUUUUAUUUUCAGCUGCUGUUGGGUUUAACACCUUGAUAUAAAGUCGUCAGAAAGACAGCAGCGCAGAAACGGGGACAGUAGGAUUCAUAACACAGCUCACUGACGUUUAUGUGGCCGUUAAGGUUCAAACCUCGCCCAUUAGCUCACUGUUAACCUUCAUAGACGUGCAGACUGAGCUGCAGCUAGCAGCUUACUCACAGCUAGCUGGGUGAACCUUUCAGCAGGACCCCGACACUCUGAGGGAUGCACCUGAGGUAUUUUGUUAUGGUUUAAUUGUCUAUUAUCCAUGUUUUCUAAAUAACAGGGGUCCAGGAUGUUAUAGCAAGGCUGCUAGCAAUAGCCGGGUCAGGUUGUCUUAGUUCUGCUUUCGGCUUUGACGGUUUUUGUUUGUAAAUGACAAGAUAAGAUAAAUGAAUAUCAUAUUUUUAUAUUAGCUGAGUAAUCCUCCGUUGUUUAGAAGGUUUUUCAGAUCGAUUUACACAGUCAGUUUCCUGUUUGUAGGAUGUAAACAGAUGAUCUGUCACUGUUAGCUCAUGCUAACCAUGAAGUCUUGUGACCUGCAGGUUGUUUAUCAGAAAUGCUCUUUCCUAGCUCACUCUCGGUGGUUCAAAGAGGAUUUUUGUGUUGUUAUUAACAAAUAAUGCAAAACACCUCCAUGAGAUUUGUACCCACAUACACGAACACAGCAGAGUAUUGAUAGAAAAUCCCACAGCACUUUGAAUCAUGUGAAGUACGUGAUCAGGAUCAGAGUUAGGUUUGCUGCAGUGUGUUUACACAGACUAGGAAUGAGAAUGGAUGUUUUGGUCCAAAAUCAUAAACAAAGAUAUGAAUUAAAAAUAUAUAUAUAUAAAACUACAGUAAUCCUGCUGUCAGGGAACUUGGAUGAGAUAAGGUUUAUUAAACCUAAAAGAGUAGAAAAUGUGUACUAAAGGACUGGAAAGUUGUGCUGGAAUGUGCAAAAUGAUGAGUGCAAAACUUUAACCACUUAAAUUUUGGAUGAGAACUGUAAGAUACUAUUCCUUCAAUAUCUAUUAUAUUGUAAUAUAUCGAUGCUGCAAUCUAAUAACUAAUUAAAUGCAAGGUAAUCCUAUGAUGCCUAAUGAUAUCUUGUUAAAUGGUUAAAAGUAGGAUGAAGUCACAAGCACCAAACUGAGGAGUCAGGGUCAAAUAGCCGCAGGAAGUGCUGGCAAAUUGUACUGGAAAGGGAAACUAGUUUAAUGGCUGUCUGUUGCUUCACACAAUCACUCUUUUUAUCUUCCCUAUUUCAACCAUUGAAUUUUACAGACUACUUUAUUUUGGCUUGUAUUUGACUUGACAUUUUUAUUGUGUUAUCUGUCAUGUCAGAAUUUACUCCUGUUUGGUAAAGUAAAUGCCAUUUUAUCAAUCUAUCCCCUCGUUCUCAUAACACUUUUUCAAAAUAGCUUUUAUGAUUACCUUAGUACACUCACUACUGAGGUUGCCCUACAAUGAUCUCUUGAGAAUAAAUGAAAAGUCCUGUUUAGUUUUGUGUUUUUUUUCCCAUCAAAAGAAGUUAAAUGAAUAUUCUGUAAAUAUAUGUUUCUGUUGUGAUAAUGUUGCUCUGUCUCGUUUAGGUAAAUCCACUGUCAUAAAAAACACAAUGGCAGGUUCACAGUGGGAGCUUCCCCCAGAGCUCUGUUGCCGGCCCAUGGCCUUUGUGGCUUUAACUGGCCUGGAUGUGGUGUACAAUGCCGUACACCGGGCUAUAUGGGACGCUUUCUGUGCUAACCGGCGGGCUGACAGAGUUCCUAUCUCCUUUAAAGUCCUCCCAGGAGAUCAUGAGUACCCCAAAUGUCGCACCAAGGUGAGUGAUCAAUGCAGAGACCAAAAAGAUAAUCAGUAAAUAAAUACAAUGAAAAACAAACUAAGCCUCGUGCACUCAACUGGAGCAAAGUUUUGGUUACCAUUUGUUGUGAUCUUACAGAAUAUUAAUAAAGAAAGAUGAAAACAAAACAGAAGAGUUGUGCUGCCUUUAUGUGAGAGAAGUGCUGCAUCUUGGUCUUUCUAAACGAUUAUUUUCAACUUUGUAUAGAGAACAUCAUAUGAAUGGUACAUUCCUAAAGGCAUCCUGAAAACAGGCUGGAUGAACAAGCACCUCAACCUGGUUCCAGCUCUGGUCGUGCUCUUCUAUGAACUGGACUGGGACGACCCACAGUGGAAGGAGAAACAGUCUGAAUGUGCAACUAAAGUAGAAAUCGUCAGGUACCACAUAUAUCUUGUUUUCCAACAGAAAAAGCAGUUGAAUACUUUGGCAUUUAACAUCACCGUGCUCAUUCUGUGUUUUCUGCUUGUACAUGUGGUAUUUUUUUUACGCACACAGCAGGUGGUUUAAAUUUCUGCUAGUCAUUUUUUGUCAUGAAAUACAACUUGACAAAGACAAAUGAUUCUCAGCUUUUUAAUUACAUUGCCAUCAUUGCCAUAUUUCCACUGAAAAUGAAACAAUUUCUUUUUCCUUAACUUCUGUAAAAAAAAAAAAAAAAAAGAAGUUAGAGUAUUGAAAUAUGAAGACUUUACUUGGCUGACACUCCCCCAAAGCUCCAGAAAACCCAAGUACAACCAUGACCCCUGUAUAUUUCACCUACCUCACAUGCUUUCUCGUCUUUAGGACCAGUCUACAGGGCAGGAACACCAAGGUAGCUGUGGUUCUGAUCCAGAAGAAAACUCCCCUGCCUCCAGGUACUCAGAUCUACUGAAUCGUUUCUUAGGAAUUGUUCUUUAAUCAUUUAUUUUAAACGUUUUCAUCUUAUUGAAAACAGGAGCUUCUUUUCAUCGGACAUUUGUACAAAAGUAUUUACAGGUUUAAGCAAACACAGGUCAUUUAUUUAAGCAUAUUCAUUUUUAAAGUUAAUGGAAGCCUGUGCAAGCAGUAUAUUAUAUGAAAUUUUGAAUAUGUUUUUAAUCUCUGUCUCUGUUUUUAACUAGUUACUUUGUUACCUGUACUGUAAACUGUACACAUUUUACUCUAGACAAAACAUAAUUUAGAAUCCUUUUCAGCAUGAGCAAAACUUCUGCACAAUGUCAGGUGAUUUCUAAACUGUUGAUCAGUUUUAGACAUCAGGAUCUAACUGAAUUUACAUUAUGGCUGCACAAUCAUUAGCAGUGUCAUCAUCACUGUAGCUGGAGCACGUUCAAUGAAUGCAAAGAAAAAUCUGAAUUUAUUUUGUUGAUUUAUUUUAGUCAUACAAUUUAAAAUGCAGUCAGGUGUACUGUAUAUAAACCAGCUAUUUACUACUCUUCGAUUAAGAGAUGCAAAUUUUGUAGAGAUAAAAUAAACUUAAAAAAAAAUUUAGGUUAGGCAAAGACAUGCUGCAACGGCUUGACUAUAUGCCAGGGAGCCAGUCCGUUUAAAUCAUAGACUGUAUAUAGAAUGGACAGAGUCUGCCUCCUUGCUGGGUUAAGCCACUCUGAGAACAGCACCCUCUGGUGACAGGAUGCAGUAUCGGUCAUAGAGCCCGCCUCCGUCAGCAAAGCUUAUGGAGCUGUGGACAAACUUUAGAAAUUUAUUACACUGAACAUAAAUUUUUCUCCCCCCUGCUUGCGAUGUUGACAUGUAGUUACAGUAAAACUGGUAUGUGCUCAAGUCCUCUUUUUUCUGUACAGCUCCAUUUUUAAAAGUUUUUAGGGGGUUCAUGUUUUCUGUGACUGACACCUGAUACAGCCUAUGGGCGUUCAGGGAUUGUGUAGCUCUCCCAGGGGAUACGCCGUUUGAGCCGAGCGUCAUCACAUCAACUCUUGGCGACUGUGCACCCAAAUGUGCACAUCGCAGAGAGUUGCUGUGGUUUCAGGAAAUGAAGAAAAAUCCUGGAAAUACCGAGAGCUUUUUGGCUUCAAAUCCGUAUCCAGGCGGUAGGCGGAACCAAGUUGUCCAUAGUUUAUACAGUCUAUGGUCUAAAUGCAGUGUUAUUAAAAUGGAAACAGAGAAGCACACAAAUGCAGUCCUUUCAGACGUCCAAAAUCCAGUCCUGGUUUUCCUGUCAGCAGUCUGCAACAACAACACAGAAACAUGGUAAAUGGGUUGAGUUCAGCUCAUCCCAAUCAUAAAUCAAACUGCUAGCACUCGAGGACUGCUGGGGAUCACUCUACUGUUGCAAAUCAGAUGUGUUGUAUAAAUAAUAAAGAGAAAAUAGAUGUAGAAAACGUGUUAUAGCUAAAAUGUAAACUUUCUGUACUCACAAUUAACAUUUAAAGUACACAAGUAGUGUCUGUCAUGGACAUAAAUUGCAAAAUGCUCAAUAUAAGCAAAUUCAUGGAAGAAGAACACAAGUGAAUAACAGGCGACCCCCUUGAGCCAUGAAGACCCAGAAUACAGAGAAAAACCCAGCCUGCUCUCUCUGUCUGUUCCGUCCCCUUUAACAUCUUGUUUUCUCGUCUUUGUGCAGGAGAGGACCUGGUGGCAUCAGAGAGAGCUGCUGCUCUUUGUAAUGCCUGUGAUCUGUCUGGGAAGAGUCUCUUUGUGCUGCCACACACUGACCACUUAGUGGGUUACAUUAUCAGGUAGUUCACAUUCCCCUAAUGCCAUCUGAUUAACAGUUUUAAACAGGUGCUUUAUAAACUGUCAGUGGCCCUCAUUAUACUCACCGAUUAGCUUCCUGUGCUUUUAUUCAAAAAUGUUUCGAGGACUCUUCAUUCUUAAAUGAUUUUGAAAACAUUUCCUGUAUUGCAGUGCAGAUUAACAUUAAGACAUAUUGAAAUCAUUAAUGGCUGCUGUGAUUGUGACGGCCCAUUUUUGAGCUUCAUCACAUGCUUCUCUAUCAGCUACAAUAGAUACAAAGACUUUGACAUCCAUCCUAAUCAUUAUCAGGAAGUUUGUUAUUGUGGAUUGUCUCUGUUUCUGCAGGUUGGAGAACGCUUUCUAUGAACAUGCUCAGACAUAUUACUACACCGAGAUCCGCAGAGUUAAGUCACAUAAAGAGUUCCUCAACAAGACGACACACCAGGUAGGAAAAGGAUGAACACAAACACGCAUCACCUGUACUCUGCAGGUUAUCCAAUCUGUGCAAAUCGCAGAGCGUAAAAAUGUUUGUGAUGGAAGACAAACCUUUGGGUACUCAGAGUGAAUUAUGGCAGCCCCCCCGCUCACGCUUGCCCUCUUCCUCUCCUUCUCCUCCUCUUCCUCUCUCCUUUCUCUCCUGUUGUUUCCAGUUGCUGUUUGUCAGACACCAGUUUAAAAUCGCCUUCUUCAGUGAGCUGAAGCAGGACACCCAGAAUGCUCUCAAGUAAGUCACAAAGAUAAUGUUGCUGUUUGUUGGGAUCAGAAAAGAUCAAAUCUUAGACUCACAUUGUUUUGAAGGCAGACAGCAUACAUGACUCAAACAGAUGUCCAGACAAUGAUGAGUACAACCAGAGAAAUUCUGCUCAAUGUGGACUACAUCAUCAUCACCCUGCCCCUCUUGCCCGCUGUAAAUGUUCCUGACUUUUACCUGCUGUGUUCACACAUCAACUCACCUGCUAUCCGGAGCAUGAACUUGAACGUAUUCCUCCUAGACAAUAAGAAAAUCACCAAGAGUGCAGAGUUUGUGUGUGUGUGUGUGUGUGUGAGAGGGGCUAAGCUCAUAAGAAGAACUUUCUGCUUUGACAUUGGUGCAGCUAAUUCAGAUGCUGUUUAUACUGUGAUUCAUGAAGUCUAGGAUCUCAUACUUCUCUCUUUAAGAUUGUUGUUUUUUUUUUGUCCACAGAUAUUACAGGACGGCAUACAGCCUCAUUCAUGAGCUCAGAGCUCAUGAGACCAAUAUGUUGGAGAUCAAAACCAUGGCUGGGUUCAUCAACUAUAAGGUUUGUUUUAUCAGAUUUGAGUAGAGAUUUCUCUACCUUCUCACUUUGGUCUUUACUGAGUUUUCUUAAAAAAACACUAAAGAAUUGUUGACUGAGGAGUGACAGUAAAGUAGAUGUUGGGCUUGUCUGAAAAAAGGACAAACACAGUAAUUAAAAUAGUCAGUAAUAAAGAUAAAUUAAGGACUGGAAAGGAGAAUGAAAUACUUUAGACAAUUUAACAAUGUCACUUUGGGCUUCAGGAACUAUGGGCCUUUUCAGUAUUAUAUGAACAGCUUAUCGCUUGUAAGGGACAUUUUAAGAUUAUUUUAUUCGAUUAUUUUUAUUUGAUUGUUUAUCUGACAGAUUGGGAAAAAAAUGGAUUCUGGCUAAUUAAGAGACUUUUUCAGCAUUAUAUCAGUGCAAAUUUGAUCAUAACUUCCUCUGGAGUGUUGAUGCAGACAUCAACGUCAGCCUCACAGACAUUAAUAUCAUAAAGCUUCAGUUAACUACCAUUCGACUUGCUGACUGUAAUCAUAUAAAUUAAUAUAACAUCAGUCCGUUAUUACUUAUUUCCUGAUCCUGUAAACUGAUCUCAUAUUCUUCCAUCAUUACUGGUGCUAUAGCCAGGACUCUGUGGGUCAAAUCUGUCCCAUCUUAAGGUUGGGUUGUGAUUUGGCGCUUUAUGAAUAAAACUGAUUGACUGAUUGAUUGAAUAUUUAUGAGCUAUUGUGCUGCUGCUUUAAAGCAUACGCAUUUCUGUAUUUCUGCAUUUCUUGUAUGUUUUUUUUGCAACCAUUCUGUGCCUGUCUCUGUGUGUUUAUCAGAUCUCAGUACCAUCUAAGUCAGUUUGAAGUCGGAUGUGAGAAUUUCUGGUUUGUAAAGGUUUGCAGGCUGAUUAUUUUGGCUCUAGAAUGAGGGCUGAAGUCUGCAGUUACUGCCCCUUUACCAUCUUUCUUGUUCACCGAUGUUUCUCUCCUUUCUUGUGUCUCUUCAGAUCUGCCGCCUGUGUUUCCAGCACAACACUCCUCUGGACGCUAUAGCUCAGUUCAGGAAGCACAUUGACCUGUGUAAGAAGAAGAUUGGCAGUGCUGAGCUGGCCUUCGAACACGCUGCGUGGAUGUCCAAACAGUGAGAUACAUUUUGUGUAUUAAUGCACGUAAACUGUGUAAUCUUUGUGGGUGUGAAUCAAUACCUAAAAGACCCUUGGAUAACCUGUAGAUGUGAUUAGUUCUUUAUUAAUUUCAAGUAAUAGUAAAAAUCGAGAAAUAGUAAAAACUAAUAAUUACUUUGCCAUGUGACUGAAGCUACAGGUGUUGUUGAGGGAUUGAUGAGAUACCGACUAGUUUUAGUUCACAUACGAGAUAAACUCUCUCACUUGUGUUUCUGCAGUUUUAGAACAAAUAAGAUUCACUCAGAGGUGCAAGAUUCAAAGCUGUGCAGUUUUUACAUCUCUCAGCAGAUCUUGACAAAAAUAGAAAUCUCAACAGUUUAACUCUUGUAAUAACACGGUCUGAACUGUCCAUCAUCGCUGUCAGGUUCCAGUCAUUUGGAGAGCUGUUCGAUGAAGCCAUAAAGUUGGGUCUGACGGCCAUCCAGACACAGAAUCCUGGUUUCUACUACCAGCAGGCGGCCUGUUACAGUCAGGACAGAAAACAACAGGCUCAGCAGCUCUGUCAGGUGAUCACUCUGCAGCGACACACAACUCUCCCCUGUAGAACUGAUCCGUACUUGGACUUUGUUGAAACAGCUGCAGGUUUCUUUUGUACUUUUGGUUGAUGUUGCUACAUUAAUAUUAAGCCUUAACUGUGACAAAAUGAUGUCUAAAUACCUUGUUUUUGUGAAAACUUGUACAUAAAAUGUGUACGUUGUAUUUGAUUGUUUGUUGUUCCAGGCUGGAGCAAGUAAUCCCUCCUCUGAACCACUGGAGACUCAAAGUGGAGGAUUGGACUUCUACGGUCAGAGACCAUGGAGACAAGGACACCAGAGUACGUCCAAAGAGACAUAGUCUUGAGCGUAACAUCCUGGGGUUUUGCCUGAAGUCCUGCUUUGCUUGUAAAGCCUGAUUUCUGUAAUGCUUUCUUUCCAGGCAUUGAUCCUCCAGACGCAGAGAAGGAGAAAAACGGGAUUCUGGCCCUGCAGAUCAAAGAGAGAGACGUCCCACACUCUGUAAGUGUCUGUUCAAACACACACACACACACACACAGGAUAUUUGUUUUCAGGCAACAGUACACAGUACUACACACACCAGAACAUGUGUGAAGUAUGAGUGGUUUUCCUAGGAAUGCUCCUUAGAAAAGUAACUGUACAUUCUGUGGAGCUGAUUGGUCUAAAGGUAAGAAAACACUGACACAAAAACCUCAGAAUUGAGUACUUUCUACUCAACACUGUCUAACACCAUGUCAUGUGGAGACUUUUGAAUUGCUGCUUUCAUCACCUCUUCUACAAGGCUAUCGAUGACUGUUGUAACUGCUGUUGAAACAUAUGGCUUCUUGCAACAUGCAUGAAUAUCAUCUCAGAUUCUACGACAGAGGCUGGCUGCAAAUUACAAGAUCAAACUAAUAAGGCUUUGUAGAUGUCUCAAGGUACAGGGUUACACUAACACUAAUGCAGGAUCAGUUUUAAUGAUAUGAUAUACACGGUAUUUAGUAAAGUGGAGUGUUUUAUAAGAAGUAAAGCAUCACAGUGGAAAGACUUUCAACUUUGAAAACAACAAAUUGAUUGAACUCCUGCCAUCACAUACAGCCACAUACACAAUCAUAUGUUUGUCCAGCUACAGUCAGAUUUUCCUUUUUCAUUAAACCACAAAAUUCUUUCUCUGCUGUUCCAGGAGUUGAUAAUAGCUCUUCUGAGUAAUGCUGUCGCCCAGUUUAAGAAGUACAAGUGUCCUCGAAUGAAGAGUCACCUCAGUGAGUAUCCUCCUAUUUUCAUACAUAGAUUGAAUAAACGUGCAUACAGAGGAACAACUUCAUCUAAACAUCCUCUCCUUGCAGUUAGGACUGUUUUCUGUUGAUCUGAGGAGUUUGUUUUCCUCUUGUCUUUGUUAAAUCUUGUCACACUCCAUAUUAUUUAGUGUUUGUGUCAUUUUUUUGUCUUUUCCAGUGGUGCAGAUGGGCGAAGAAUACUACCACGCUAAAGACUACACCAAAGCCCUAAAGUAAGUCGACGCACAAGACUGACAUUAAGUGAAAGUUUCUCACAGCAGCUUUAGGUAUGAAGCAUGUAAAGCUGUGCCUGAUAGUUUUAAAAAAAGUACCAAGUCAGAUGAUCCAGAAGUCUCAAAAUUGUUCUCAAUGUUGACUCUCACAUUUAUUUUGACUCUGUCCUGGAAUUUUAGGGAGAUAUUCAUGGGACUAUUGUGGAGAUUCUGUGUUUUGAUAUACCCCAGCCACAAAACACCACUUUUUACAUACGGCACAUAUUCAAGCAAGAUUCAGUCUGCUCUUUUAUACACGAUUAUUUCAAAAGUGAGUGGUUCUGUGUAAACCACACAUUUCUAGAGAAAUCAUUUCACUUUUUUAACACUUGAAUCAAAUAAUGUCAAUAAUAAAGAAAAAAAGAAUUUGAAAUUUGAAAUUAAUGACUGGGAAGAAGAGAAACCAUUUCUGGCUCGUUUAGACAUUCCUGAACUACACCAGAGCACCAGAGCUGGUUGCUCUGCUGCACACUUUGUGAUGCACUGACCCCUCUGUGGGCACUGUGAAAGUACGGCUGUCUUUUUGUCACAUUUCCACAGGUGUAAUAGCUGCACAGCUCUUUGGUCAAUCCGGCCUUAAGUAUGCAGUUGACUGAAAACAGUUUCCUUAGAGUCUGUGUUUUAGCAAAGCGUGUUUUUGUGUGUUUUGUUGUCAGGCUGCUGGACUAUGUGAUGUGUGACUACCGCACAGAGAGGUGGUGGGGCCUCCUGACUGCCAUCCUGACCACGGCUCUGCGCUGUGCUUAUCUGAUGGCCAGUGUGAAAGAUUACAUCAUCUACUGUAUGGAGUUGCUGGGCAGAGGUGAGUGAGGAGGUUCGACUGUACCAUUACGCACCAUGGGGGGUAUAAUUUAGCCCCCUGACCUAAAAAGACACCUCAUCACCAUAUUUUCUGUUAAAAGCUGCUCUCACCCCCAAAAGGAAAACAAAAGAAAAAUUUGCUGUGCCCCAUGCCAUCAGACUUGUGAAUAAUCCAGACAGAAAAAGUAAAAACUAAAACAAAACAAGUGAUUCUUUUUCUGUUUCUUGGUUGUGUGGAGAUUUUUAUAAAGGUAAGAAAACAAUCUGGAUAGUUAAAAAGAAGAAGAAAAAAAAAAGAACAAGAGUUUUGAAUGUUAAAAGCUGAUUUCCAUUCAAAAUAUAAAACUAAUAGAUGCAUUAGAGCAGAAAACAGGAAGUACUAACCACUUGUUCACCUUGUCCUCCAGCUUCAACCUUAAAGGAGGAACAGGAGUCAAGGAUCGAGAAAAAUCUCCUCAAAGUCUUGGCGGUGAGUACAAGUCCAUCUGUCUCAGCCUCAGUGAUUCGACAGCAAAGAUUGUGAUGAAAAUGUUCCAGUAAAUAUCCUCGAAACUCUGGUCAGCAGGUACGAAGCAUCGUCAGCCAGUGUGCAGUAAGGGUUUGACUUGAUGCUUAAGAUCUGACAGGGUAGUUCUUGCUCAGUUGAGAUUGUAUUUAUCUCAUGCAUGGGUCUUUUUUUUUUUAAAGUGGAAAUGUUUGAAAAAAAAAUUCUCAGUGGAAGCAAUUUUAUUGUGUCAUGUAACCCCUUUCUAGGUCAAUUUCAAGUGUGAUAGACUCUUUCAGCCAACUUGAGGUUUUAUUUGUACGAUGUAGCUCUUAGCUUCACAGUCACUGUAUUUUCUGGACAAAUGAGCAAGUGUUUAAAACUGCACAACCUUCAUGUGACACUUAUAUCAUGAAAAAGCUUUUAUUUUCACAUGCAGCCUAGAACUGGAUGAUCUCAUUUUCAGUUAUGGGAUGUCACGGCUCUUUCUUUGAUAAACAUGCAGAUCACCGUUGGCGUUUUAUGCUGUUUGUAAUUGUGUUGAACACAGAAACAAACACAGUCCCACUCCUCACUGUCUCUGUUUUCAGAAUGAGGUCCCGGAUGCAGAGCCAGACUGUGAUCCGUCUUCUGUCACUGCAGCGAGGUCGCUGUGGAGUGACCGCAUGGCUUUGGCUGGAUCAAAUGAGCUGACUGUAGAAGUGCAAGACUACAUCCCGUUCAGUGAGUAGACAACAAACUCACUCACACCUUUGAGACUUUCACUCUUUAAUUAAUGUGUGUUGAACUCUACUCUGUGUUCAUCUUGUACAUGAAGAGAAGGUUAUAUUUGCAGCGUGAAUCUCCAAUGCUAAAAUACAACAGCAUGUCUGUUCAGAGGUGUCAUGGUUGUUGUUCUAAGUCUGUCCUCUCUUUUCUGACUCCAGUCCAGUGUAAGGCCAAGUUCCAGUCUCCCAGCUUCCAUGUCGACCAGCCAAUCCAGCUUCAGGUUUUCCUCCGAGCCGACUGUCCUCAUCUCAUUUCUUUCAACAAGCUGGCUGUCAGCCUCAGCAACCAGGUACACUCUGCAGACUUUUGGCAUGUAAAAAAAAAGAAGAAAAAAAAAACUGGUGCUGUGACAGUUUGUCUUCAGCACCAGACAGGCAGGUUCCUGGAGCUUUAGUGGUCAUGCACUUAGCUGGCAUGGUUAAGAGAGAGCUGAGCCCAAAGGUGAAGCUUUUGACUUUCUAGUUAUUAUGUACUCCAACUCUUAAAGAGAUAUCUCACUCAGUCCUGGGAAUUGAAACCGGCAGACAUCCUUUUUUUUGUGAUGAUAAUGUGUGUUUUACUUUGUGUGUGUGUUUGUGUGUGUGUAGGAGUACAACCAGUGGUGUGUGGUGGAGUCUUCAGGUGAGGAGAGUAUGAGUCUGCUGCCUGGAAAAACCAAAUGCUUCAACUUCAGCUUUGUAGCAAAAACUGAAGAUGUUGGCAAGAAGAUCGAGGUGAGAAAACUGCGUCUGUGUGUGUUUCUGACUGCGUGUCUGUGUUAUUGUGUUAAGAUGAGACUUUUUCAAUGUGUUUUGCUUUGUGUGUCUGUUUAGAUAACAGGUAUCGAGGUGAUGCUGGGCAGUGACCGGGGCCGCUGUGUGUUUGUGAGCUGGAGAGGGGCGGGUGGAGACGCAGCCUCUACCCAUGAAGCCUUGAUGGCGAGCAGGUCAUCACGUCGAUGGGGGCGGAGCAUGGAGGCACGUCAGGAGCCAGACUGGGACAGUCUGACCGUGCAACACAGCACCAUGUAGGACUUUGUUCAGACCUGACAAAAUGUUUGAUGUUUUUCACACUGACACAAAUAUUUAAGGUUCAUUUUGUUCCCUCGGCUCAUUGUUCAGGAUCAUCUCUAGAGUCCCAAAGAUCUCUGUUCAGCUGAGCCACCAGCCACCUGCUCUCCAUAAUGAGAUGUACUGCAUCAGCCUCACGGUCCAAUCACAAGAGGAGGGCGUGGCAAAGGAUUUGAAACUGACUGCUGGACUUAAACCAGGUACUGGAAAAUUCCCUAAAUAAUAGGGGUGGGAAUCGCUAGUGGCUCUACGAUACGGUAGUAUAUCACGAUACUUGGUCCAUAAUUUGAUAUUGUUGCAAUUGUUCAAUACAGUGAGUGUUGCGAUUCCAUGUAUUGCGAUUUCUAACAUUUUUAACUGCUUUGCUGAUUUAGCAUUUGUCUGUCCCUUAUGUUUGUCUUAUUGACACAAUAUUUUAUUUUCAUGCAAACCUUAUGUGUCAUGUCCAUCUCAUUUGUUCCCUGUUUGAAUUCCCAAUGUCCUUCGCCAGGUGCUGCCAUGUUUUUUGCACUAAUUUUUUCCUGCUGUAUGAUGUCACCUCUGCCAACCUCACUGGACAAACAGUUAUUUUAUUUCCGUUAUCAUAGAUUUGACCUCAAAUUAACAAUUAAAUUGAAAAAAUCAAUGUCCUAAUGAUAAAUGUCCUAAAAUAAUAGAAUUAGAUUAUGACAUUUAUGCACUCGUUGAAGGGGCACCACCCACCCUUUUCUGGUGGGAAAAAGACAAGACAAAGUUCAAUUGAGUAAUCAAAUGUUGAAUCAGUCUUAAACAGAUUUAAAUCAAUCUCACAUCUGAGGCCGAAAUUCUCAUUUCAGGGACUUCACUUCUGGAGGGACCUCUAAGAGACGACAACUUAAAAUUAAAUGGACAAUUUAUUGACAAAUGCUAGGUGAUAACAUAAAUUCAAUAAAUGAUGAUCAAAUAAUGAGAAAAUAAAAGAAUAUCUUGUAAAUAAAUACUGAAAUUAAGAGGUUAAGAGGUUAAUGAUAGUGAGUGAAUAAGGAAAAAUUUAACCUACAGUAAUGGGGUUACAAGGAUACAUUUUGAAGAGGAAUUUGGAGAAACUAAACUUUAAUUAAGAAUAUAAGCUACUGAACACUUGACAGCAUCACCCGGUUGAUACAGCAGUGUCGAGGGGUUUGCGCAUUUAUUUGAUGUCGGUUCUCAGCGGCAAUCUUGGAGUGGAUAGGCUGAAGUUCUUGGCUACCGGACCGGAUGCUGAAAGAUUCGGCGAGAAGUUCUCCACCAGGAAUGGGUCUUUGGUUUCAUCCGCAGCACGGUGUCAGCGCCGUCAGAUACUUUAGCUCUCUUUGCCUCUCAGAACCGGGUGGCAAAUGCAGCUCGGCAGAUGAUGCUGGUCAGUCCUCUGGGCGUUCAGGAUUAGCUUUACUGCAGAUUAAUUCACGUCAAUAAUUUAGGAAAAUAAUUUCACUGGCCAGCUGAUAUUAUCUUCAGGAGUCACUUUAGCCAACUAAACGAAAUAAUAGAUAGACUCUGGUGCUCUAUGCGCGCAGCUAAUUACUGAUGCUUUAAAGGAACUUGGGCAUGGCUUCAUCCAAGUUUCUGGAAAAGUCUGAAAACUUAAAGGGGACCUGCCAUCAAAAUUUCGUACCCAUUUUUAUCAUUAUUUCAUAAUCCUUGAUGUCCUCUGAUCAUGUUUGCAACAUAAUUUUUGCUGAAAAGUUAUUUGAUGGUUUGUUUCAAACCAUUUUAGUAUGCCUAAAAAACCUUAGAGGAAAACUAACUGAUUUUGGCUCAUUAACAUUUAUGUAAAUAUCCAUUAAUGGAGGGGGCGGGGGGUGAUCACAGACAACAUCUCGGUACUAUUUAGUAGCAGCGCAUGCCCCUUGUAAUAACCCCCGUAAAAACUGUUGUUCAGGACUGCUAACUUGUGCUUCCUACCCAUUCGGCUACUGUAAUAUCCGUUGUUCGAGCCCACACGCAACAUUUUUGCUCUCAUUCAUGAAACGCUGAAAUCUGGGACAUUUUCGGGGACAGGUCAUCCAAUGUUACUAAAGUUGGUAUAACUAGAGAAGCAAGCAGUCAGCAACAUUCAUCUCUCAAGGGGGGGUCUAACUCCGUGUUAUGGUGUGUUAGACCCUAAAUUAAUUUUACGCCGGAAUAUCCCUUUAAUCAUCAGGGGUCUGGAUGGGAAAUGUCAGUCCAUAGCUUCAGCCUCCUCUUGUCUGCUUGAUAAGCUAAGGCAGAGUCAGAGUUGUCUUGUGAUGUUUUAUGACAUUACAUUAAAAAAGGAAGCAUCUCAAACUCUAACUUUGUGCCCUCAUGUCUUAUAAAGUUCAAAUGUUAAUCCUUCAGUGGUUUCAGGUGGUCAGUCUUCUCCAAAGCCAGACUCCAGACCUUUGGUACUUCACCCACAGCUUUCUGUUACAGUGAUUGUCUCUGUUAUCUCAGAACCAAGGUGUAAUAGUAGCGCACUCGGGUUUAUUGUUUUCUCAAUUGCUCUGUCCAGGUCAGGAUGCCAACCUUGGCCAGACCACUCAUGUGACGCUCGAUGGCUCAAAGGUUUGUGACGACUCUGCCCCCGCCCUGCUUCCUGAUAUUCCUCUAGGAGAUCUAAAACCAGGAGAAAAGGUGCACACAGCCACGCACACAGACACAUGAACAUUUUAAAUGAAAUGCUCCAGACUAACCAAGUAGAGAGGAAUUUUCUGCUCUGUACUUCCUUUGUAUCUACCUGCCUAAAAGAGCGUGUGUCUUUGUCUGUAGCUGGAGAGGUCUGUGUAUGUAAAAUGUGAGUCCUGUGGACCGAGGGUCUUCCUGUUCCAUGUGGCCUACAGCAUCGACACCACAGUGGAAGGACGACAGAUUGUCUGCAAAUGUCACAAGGUAGAGGAGAUCACCUUGAGUUCACCACUGCAUGUUUUUUGCUGUUUGUUUUUCAGUGAAGGUUUUAUUCCUCUGUUGUUCUGAUGUGUUACAGGAUGAGACGGUUACCAUAGAGACAGUGAUCCCGUUUGAUGUGUCAGUCAAGUUUGUGUCCACCAAGGUCAGUGCUUGUUCCUCUCUAGUUUGUUUAAAAAGAAGUUUGCCGGUGAUCACGUGUUUUUACAGUCAGUUUGUUGAUUCUUUUGUUUGCCUCCGUGCCUGGAACAACUUUUGCAUUAUGCUGUUGGUGUGUCUGUCUGUAAGGCUAAUACUUGUGAAUGUGUGGUUCGAACAAUAAGAGGAUUGGCUGUUCAAUCCCAGGUUCUGCAGUCCAUGUGCUGAGGUGUCAUGGGGCAAGACAGUUAAGAUUUUACAUGCAGUUUACAUCACAGACUCUGCAGCCACGCAGCUCAUGUAUCAAAGAGGGGUGAAUGGGUGAACUAGUAUGCAAUGAGUGGUUGACUCAGGACUGAAGUGCUAUGUAAAUGUAAAUCUUUGGUACUUAAAUUGUGUAUUUGAUACUUAAAAUGUGUGUAUUGUAUAUAGUUUUAUUUUCUUCUCCCUUUUUCCUUUUCUAAAUUUUUUCUUAAUUGUAACAUUUAAGUUCUUAAUAUUACGAUCUUUAUUUUCAUAACUGCAUUUUUGCACUUUCUCUGUCUGUGUUGCUGCUGUGGCAAAAAAAUUUCCACCAUGGGGGAUCAGUAAAGGAAUAUUCUAUUCUAUUCUAAAUGGUUUAUUGCCGUUAGGGAUGGGCGAUUAAACGAUAACGAUAUAUAUAUCUUAAAAUGAAUUCCCCUCAAUAUUAAUAUGAAACGUGGUCAAUAUGCUUUUUGAUAGUCGGUAUUCUGCCAUGUUUUGGUAGACUAUACGAAUAGCCAAUGAAAAGGGGAGUUGCUCCGGGUCUGCUUUGUGCUGAACCAAUCAUGUGCUGGAUUAGAACCAAGUAGCAAACGACUGCGUAGUAGCAGGCUGCAGCUACACGCAACCAUAGCACUUUAAACAGGUGAAGCCGACAGCACUGUCAGUGAGAAAAAAGAAGAAAAUGAGUACUACCCCCAGCAGAAAUGCAGAUGGUUGCAGAUGGAUGCAGACAGUUGACAACCUCGUCAACAACACUGACACAACAACACGGUGAAAACGUCACAGAUGCAGUAGCUUAUUGUAUUGCAAAAGACAUGCUACCAUUAAGCACUCUUAAAUUUUAUUUUUUAUAUCGUGAUAUAUCGACUGAUAUGAAAAAAAUAUAUCGGGAUAAACUCUUUCACAUAUCGCCCAGCCCUAAUUGCCAUUUACAACUAUUGUGUACUCAUAGUCUAAAAGUUGUCUUAGAGGAACAUCCUUAAAUUUGACUAUGAUCCAAAGCUAACCUGACUGGAUUUUGGUUAGGGGUCAAGCAUCAGUGUUUUAAUGGAUGAGGGUAGAGUUCAGGUAGAUGGCUCAGUCCUAAACUAGGACUAUCACAAUAUCAGAUUUUCACUUACUGAUUAUCGCAGCCAUAAAAUAUCACAUUCAUGUUGUUACAAGAACAGUCAGAAAGUAUCAGGAAGUGUAAAUGUUCUGUUGAUUAUCAACCUAAAGAAGAACAAACACGCUGUAAAGGCCACAGUGUCAUAUUUACAACAACAUAACUGACUCAGCAGCAGACACCUUUGCUACAAUGACAGUUUUUACAUUUCUAUUAAAGCACCCUGCAAACAGACAUGUGCAGACAUCUCUUUGGUCAUGUUUUUUAAAGCCUCUCCCUUUUUAACCUCAGAUGUCUUGGUUAAACCUCGGCUGCAUCUCUAUCAUCACCUGGCCCUCUUGCUAGCUUGUGUACGUUUAUGUGUUAACAUUAGCUCACUUGAUUUUUUUUAUGUUCAGUUUUGUUUUUUAUUUGUUUAUUCCAAAACCUCAGAUAAUAAGAGAAGGGCAUCCUAACAGUCAAAGAGGAAAUCAACAGCAAUUAUUAGCUCACUGUAAAACUCAUGCAGAAAUAUAACUUUUGGGCUGUCUGAGGAUGGAUAAAAGGAGAGUGAUUUUUUGUCCAUUUGUGUUUGAACUGCAGCCUCUGGUAUGUCCUCUUGAUAAGUUUUGCCCCUCCAUUUUUAUAAGAGGUCUUUAUUUGUAAGAGAAAGAAUAAAACAAAAAAACUCAAUGUUUUUUUUUGUGUGUUUAGUUUGAGUCACUGGACAGAGUAGCAGUGGACAUCCCCUUCCUCCUGAUGACAGACAUCCUCUCAUCCUCGCCUUGGCCUCUGCAGCUGGUCUCCUCCUCUCUGGAGCUGCUCACUGUGACCAGCAACACACCUCAGCUCCAGUCACAGAUACAGGAAGGUACCAGAGAAGUGACCAUACAGGGACAUUUUUCAGGUUUAUGACGGAAUCAAAUCACAAAAAUAAACACUGUUCUCAUUUCUAUAACUCCUGUGCGUUUGUGUUCAGUGGUUCUGCAGACAGGGGAGUGUGCCAGCGAGUGUUUCUGCCUCCGCUGUCCACCUCAGAGCAACAGCAACAGCACUGUGGCCACAGGACAAUACCUGAUAUCCUGGAAAAGGUAUACACAUGCACACACAUUGCUGAGUGAGCAUUUAUUUAUCUUUUUUUUCAAACCUGCUUAUAAUUCUCCUGACACUUUUAAUGUUUUCUGACAGAAAAUCAUCCAGUGCAGACAGUCCCCUGAUCCAAACUACAGUCACUCUACCUCACAUCAUCCUGGAGUCUGUCCCUCUGUACAUCCACGCUGGUCAGUCAAGUGAAAACAGAUCAUAAAGACACUUCUCAUGAUAUGACCCACUGCAUUUUCGAUGUUUUGCCGCCUUAAUCUGUGCGGUUGUUCUUGCGGUGUAUUCAUAGUAUUGUUGAAUGUGAGUAAAAGCUUGUGGCAAAGUCUCCUGCGGUGUUUAAAACAUGAGUGCAUGGGUUUUGAAGAUCCAAACUUUUUGCCCAAGACCAGUAAAAUCUGAAUGAACACACAAUAUGCAAACAGUAUUUAUUUAUUUAUUUCUGUCAUUUACUUUGUGAUGAAUUUGACCUACAACAGCUGAUUGUGUUGUGUGUGUUCAUGAUCUUUCUUCAUAUGUGUGUCUGUGUGUAGAGUUGCCGUCAUUUGGACGGGUCAGGGAGUCUCUCUCUGUUCGUUACCACAUAGAGAACAGAACCGCUCUGGUGCAGGAGGUGGAGAUGGCUGUUGAACCAUCGGACGCCUUCAUGUUCUCUGGACUCAAACAGGUGACACUUUGAAGCUGCAUUUACUGAAUCAGUCAUUGAGUGCUUUUCUACUGAAAGCAUCCAAAACAUACAGUUCCAGGGACCUCUCUUUUACUCCUUUUCUAAUAGGCUAGUUUUAGUGCUAGUGUAGAGUCAGUGCCUGCUUUGAAACCAGUUCUUUGAACCGGUUCUGAUCCAAAAAACAUGUGUCAGAGUAGCAGCAACUCUGUGCUGAGCUACAAGAGAGAUCUGCUCAAGCAAAGAGCUGGAAGCAGGGUUAUUUGGCCAAAAUUAAACCUCUCAACACCGUUUUUGUGGUUCAGAAAAGAGAAAAAGUUAAAAAAAUUGUCUUCAUAUCAGUGAGAAUCACAAGUCUGAGCUCAUAUGGGCAACAUACUUAAUCAAUUCCAAUGUGCACCAACAUAGAGGAGGAGGAGAGAAAACUUGUUUUUUUUCAGUCCUUCCAGACAUGUAGGGCUGUAGAGAUGCGUCAACACCUGACUGUAUUUUUUUUUUAUCUUUAUGAAGCAUACUGUAUAAUAUCUCCUGAGUGAUACAAAGACGACUCUACAUCAUCUAUUACUUAUUGGGAGGACUGUAGUGUUGAUUGAUGCAUUGAUCAGGCAGACUGCUUCAGCUGACUGUUAAUCUGACAGCACCAGGUUAUAGAUUUGAAACUUAAACUAACAUUUGUUGAAGUGCUUGUCUUCUAACUUUUCCAUCUGGAAAAAAAAAAAAAAAACAACAACAUGAACACUCUUCUUUAAAAAUCAAAACAUCAACCCUAGAGAUAUUGACUGAUUGUCUGUGGAUGUGUUGUUGUUGUUGUUGUGUGUGCAGGUGCGUCUGCGUAUCCUCCCUGGCUCUGAGCAGCAGAUGUUGUAUAACUAUUACCCUCUGAUGGCCGGUUACCAAACACUACCACAGCUCAACAUCAGCCUCCCACGCUGCCCGACCACCAACACACACUCACUGAGACGAUUCCUGCCACAGCGCAUCUUUGUCAAGGUGACUAACUAAUGUCCCACAUUUUUAUUUACACUUAGCAGUCCUUGUAUUCUCAGUUUGACGAUAUUAAGAACCUUGAUUUUCUCUUUCUGUCUCCUCAGCCUCAAGGUCGACAGCUGGAUGACGCCUCCAUUGCUGCAGCUUGAGGAAAAGAAAGACGACGUUUACUGUAAAUAUGAAGAAUGAAAAGAAAGCAGCCUCAUGGAGGUUGUUGUAGAUGUAAGAUAUUUCAUAAGUGACAAUGUUAACACUAUCUCCUCCACACUGCUCUGUAAAAAUGAACAGCAGACAAACAUCCCUCGAGCAAACACCAGGAGGCGUUUAUUUUAUGUUCAGUGAGUGUGAUAACUUGAUAACAUGAAGGAAGAAUAAUGAAUGAUCUGAUGCAGAAUGGAAAUCAUGUUUGAUUGUGAUUUGAACAAAGUGGAAAUUUGAGAGUGAUCUAAACUUAAAUGUGAGGAAAUUUUAAUUAAACUAAUGUGACAUAAAAA